AUGAAACCUUCUUCCGGAAGUAAUCCCGUUGCUACACCGAACCAACUCCGAAAGGGGUACAACUGCUAUGCGUGCUCGGAGCCUGAUUCCAUUUGCGAUCUCGUCCAGUGUGAUCGCUGCAAGCGCUGGUGGCAUCAAUCGUGUGCGGGAGUUACUCCGUCGGUGGAAAAUCGGCCAUGGUCUUGCCGACUAUGCUCACCAGUACCCAGCCAGCCAACAAUUCGUGCUAAAUCAACUACUUCCGAGAAAAGCUCCCGGGCUCGCAAACGUGAUCUUCAGCUGCAGCAGCUUGAUGAAAAGCGCGCAUUGGAUCGCAAAGCGAGGGAGGUGACAUUGAGAGCCACGUUGGAAGAAAUAGAGGCCGAGAAACAGCAUGUCUCGGAGAGAUUCUCCGUUAUGCAGGCGGAGGAUUCUUCCAGCGAAGAAGAAGAAGAAGGUGAUCGAUCGAUUUUGAACACUACAAUCGAGCGGUCUUAUAGAACUCAAGAUUGGGUACAAUCAUCGCCCACCAUCAACGAAGUGAAUCAGCAGCAGGCAACGAAUAGCAGCGCGAUUCAAACCGAAUCCAACCAUCAAGAAUUGCCACCGACCCCCCAGCGGAUUACCGGUGCCUUUCCAAAGCGGCGCAGUAUGGUCCAGCAUCCGGAUCUGGGUCCUUCCAGAAUGAACUGGCCGAAUUGGGAUUCCCUUUCCUUGGUAGGAAUGCAUCAAUGGGAAUCGUUAUUACUGCGAAAGAACAUCUUUCACGUGCAAGAUCCGAAAGCAGGGCCGCUAGAUCGUAACGCGGUUUAUGGGUCGCCGGUUAUUGAUCGUACGGUCCAGGAUUCCACCAGUACAGCGAAGGAUAAAUCAGAGGUCCAACUAUACCAGUCGGGACCAUCAGCUCCAGCGUUGGCACCUCCGACCAGUUCUGGUUAUUGUCUACCAGUACCGGAAAUUACUUCACGCUCGGUGCUCAGUGCGCCGAAUCAGGAGACAUCGAAUAGGAAUGUCGAACCGGCAUUCCUUAGGCCUUCAUCAAAACCAACGGUACCCAACCCAAAUUGGGCGCAGCCUAUUCCGGCGAUGGCUCAACGGCAGCAGGUCGGUCCGAGGGGCAAGCAAAUAUUGGAGGAGCAGCGUUCAUCGAAAGCGGGUCAACCGCCCUACCAGCAGUGGCCGGAGCGAUCGACGAUGAUACCGUCGGUGGUCCAGCCUUCAACGUCGGGUCAACCGGUGCCAUCUUCAAGGGCUUCCAACCAGCAACGGCUCGCAUCAACACAGCCACCGGUAACCACUCCUCCCCCCCUCCAUCAAGCUCAAGAGCUUCUUAUCAAUGCCCUACUGGAUAAAGUUCGUUCCGUCCCCGCACCGAAAGCGGAUAAGCUUGCGACUUUCAUAGAUUUCGGGAUUGCGGUACAAAGUCUUUGUGGUCAUUUGGAUGCCGCCAAUCAACAAGACCAUCUGUCAAAUCCGAGUCUGCUGAACGAGUUAGUGAACCGACUGCCUCCAGACUAUCAGUUCAAGUGGGUGGAGUUUAGUGAAUUCGAAGAAAGAGUGGAUCUGAAAUUGUUUUCAACGUUUGUGACGAAAGUGGCGAAGUCUGCGAGCCGUGUCUCCGUCUACAACGGAGCUGUGAAAAGGGAGGACAAGCUGAAACCGAAGCGUGGAUCCUUGAAUGUGCACUCGGAGUGUGAGGAACGGAACCAGGUGCCUAUCGAAAAACUCUGCCCAGCCUGUUUUCGAAAUCAACAUUCACUGAAAGAUUGUAGCAGGUUUUCAGCUAUCAGUGUCGACGAGCGGUGGAACCUUGUGCAGCGAUAUGGAGCGUGCCGCAAUUGCCUGAACUUCCACGGGAAGCGGUCCUGUCGUAUCAGCGGUAGGUGUGGAGUCAACGGCUGUACACAUCGUCACCAUCAGCUCCUACAUUCCGGCCGUUCGAAAAACCUGACAUCAAACCCACGAGAACCUGGUUCAGGAAGCGGACAUCAGAACAAGCCAACGACGAGGAAUUCUGCUAACACCGUAGUGCCAAUUUCACAGCCAUCUACUUCUCAUACACCAACCCAUGGAAACAACUAUGCCCACCAUAGUCCGGAACUUACUUUCUUGUUCCGAAUUCUUCCGAUUACGGUUCAUGGGAACGGCAAGUCAGUGGAGACCUUUGCCUUUGUUGAUGAAGGGUCGUCACUCACUAUGGUCGAAGACUCGCUCGUUGAAGAGCUAGGAAUACAAGGAACACCACAGGUUUUGUGCCUCCAGUGGACCGGCGAUAUGAUGCGUACAGAGCAGGAGUCCAAGAUUGUCGACAUCAAGAUUUCUGGUCCGAGUAAAAACAAGAUGCGUUUAAGCGACGCGCGUACGGUGAGCAACCUUGCACUCUCCACUCAAUCUCUGGAUUACGAAGGUCUGGUUAGAAACUAUGCACACUUGAAAGGGCUUCCAGUUGCCAGUUACAAAGAUGCCGUGCCAAGGAUCCUCAUUGGCGUCAACAACUUACACAUGACAGUUCCGCUUCGGAUCAAACAAGGUCGCACGAACGAGCCGGUGGCAGCGAAGACGAAGCUGGGUUGGUGCAUUUAUGGUGGUCGGUCCUCAGAGCACACAGCAGUCCAGGUGAACUAUCACGCGUGUAGCUGUUCACAAGACGAUUCACUGCACAAAGUAGUGAGAGAAUACUUCGAGAUGGAAGACAUGGGGAUUCAUGCUACUACGAAACUCGAGUCAGAAGCUGAUAUGAGAGCGCGCAGGAUUCUGAAGGAAUCGACACAGAAGCAAGGAGACCGAUACGAGACGGGUCUGCUGUGGAAGUACGAUCAAUUUGAAUUUCCCGACAGUUAUCCGAUGGCCUUUAAACGAUACGAGUGCCUGGAGAAGAAGAUGGCUCGGAAUCCGGAACUGCGUCUAAAUUUGACGAAGCAAAUGGAGAGCUACCAAGCCAAAGGGUAUGCACAUCAAAUAACCGAAGAUGAGAAAAUGAACUCCGAUCCAAGACGUGUCUGGUACUUACCACUAGGCGUUGUGGUGAAUCCGAAGAAGCCCGGGAAAGUGCGGAUGAUUUGGGAUGCAUCAGCGACAGUCGACGGCAUCUCACUAAACACUAUGCUGCUCAAAGGUCCAGACGAGUUAGCCCCUCUUCCCUGGGUGCUUUUCCGGUUCCGACAGUACGAGUUUGCAGUUACCGGAGACAUUGCUGAAAUGUUUCACCAGAUCCGUAUCAACGAGCGUGACAGACAAGCGCAGCGGUUUCUUUGGAGGCCGGAUGGAAGCAGUAAACCUGAAACCUACGUAAUGGACGUCGCUACGUUCGGUUCAGCGUGUUCACCAGCGUCAGCCCAGUACGUGAAAAACAGGAACGCCCAGGAAUUCAAACAAACAAGCCCUCGCGCGGUCGAAGGAAUUAUAAACGGCCAUUAUGUUGACGACUACGCCGAAAGUUUCAGCACCGUAGCCGAGGCAAUACAGAUAGCGACUGAGAUCAAAUCGAUACACGCAGCAGGUGGUUUCAACAUACGGGACUGGAGAUCAAACAGUGAGAAAGUUGUGAAAGCUCUUGAUGGAAACGUUUCUUCCGAACCCAAAUCCCUGAAGCUGGAGACAACUUUGACUGCCGAAAGAGUGCUCGGAAUGCACUGGCUGCCGCAUGACGACGUCUUGGGCUAUUCUACCGCUUUGGCCCCGGAACUGCAGGAGAUAGUGUCGUCUAAACGUAAACCUACGAAGCGCGAGGCACUUCGCUGUCUUAUGACGUUUUUCGACCCCUUAGGGUUGCUCGCAGCAUUUGUGUUGCAUGGAAAGGUCUUACUCCAGGAUAUUUGGCGCGCUGGUACGCAAUGGGACGAAGUCGUGGGAGACGAAGAGCACGAGAAAUGGCUACGCUGGAUCGAAGGUUUUCCGCUUAUCGAUAGCUUGCAGAUUCCACGAUGUUACUUCGACAGUGUUGACUACGAUGAUAUACAACUCCACAUUUUCGUGGAUGCUAGCGAGGACGCCUGCGCUGCUGUGGGAUACUUCCGUGUUCCAAAGAUAACCGGGGGCACUGUGCUGGCAUGGAUCCGGUCCGAUCAUCGGAGAUACACCCAGUUCGUAGCCUGCAGAGUAGGGGAAAUCCUUUCAAACACCAACAUCGCAGAGUGGCGAUGGGUCCCAUCAAAACAGAACGUCGCCGACCUCGCCACCAAAUGGGGACAAGGCCCGCCUUUGACUGCAGAAAACGCUUGGUUUCGUGGUCCGGAUUUCCUUCAAGAAGGCGAGGACGAAUGGCCACAACCGAGGAAGCCGACUAGCACCGAGGAGGAGUUGAAGACGUCUCGCCAAGUAUCCUGUCUCCAUUCUGGGUUUGUAGCUCCAGUAGCGAUCGUCGACACCAGUAGAUUCAGCAAGUGGGAGCGAAUGCUGCGAACUGUGGCAUAUGCACAUCGCUACGUAAAUCGUCGACUUAAGAUGUAUCCCGUCGAAGCAGAAAGCAGUUACCUGAGCCAGGAGGAGUUGUUAGCAGCUGAAAACACACUGUUCUGGAUAGCGCAGCAACAAUCGUACCCGGUGGAGGCAUCUAUCCUUCGACGAAAUCUUCACCAGAACUCGAACGGUCAGGAUCAUCUCCCAAAGCAUAGCGAACUACAUCACAUUUCACCAUACUUCGACGAAAACUUUGUCCUCAGAGUGGAUAGCCGAGUUGGAGCAGCAAAAAACGUCGCCAUGACAGUUAGGUAUCCUGUCAUUCUUCCUCCGACCCACAGAAUUACUGAGCUGAUCAUCGACUUCUAUCAUCGAAAGUUCCUGCAUGCCAACUUUGAAACUGUGGUGAACGAGCUUCGUCAGUCCUUCCACAUUUCGAAGAUUAGAGCAACGGUCAAGAAAGUAAUCCGCCAGUGUCAACAUUGCAAGGUAUACAGGUGCAAACCACAGGUACCUAGGAUGGGUCCUCUGCCCGCAGCACGGCUAGCAUCGUUCGAACGUCCAUUUAGCUACGUCGGUUUAGACCUGUUUGGUCCAAUCCUGGUCAAGAGAGGCAGAAGUUCGGUUAAACGCUGGGUGGCUCUAUUUACCUGCUUAACCAUUAGAGCAGUUCACGUCGAAGUAGUCCACAGCCUCACAACAGAAUCCUGCAUUAUGAGCAUUCGGCGCUUUAUUGUUCGACGAGGGGCACCACUGGAAAUCCAUUCGGAUAACGGAACCAACUUCCGUGGAGCCGGCAACAUUCUAGAACAACAAAUCGGCCAGUUUCAGGACGACUUAGCAGCAACCUUCACCAACACUCACACCAAGUGGGUCUUCAUACCUCCAGGAACGCCGCACAUGGGAGGGAGCUGGGAGCGUAUGGUACGCUCGGUGAAAACGGCCAUGGAAAAAAGCUUGUGCGUGGGACGGAAGCUAGACGACGAAGGCCUGAAUACAUUUGUAGUAGAAGCUGAAGGAGUCGUCAACUCCCGACCCCUGACGUACCUACCAUUGGAUAGCGAGGAAGCUGAAUCCCUGACGCCCAACCACUUUUUGCUAGGCAGCUCGAACGGCGUAAAGCAACCGAGCAAGCAGUUUGUGGAUGUAGCUGUAGCCCUGAAGAGCACCUGGAACCAGAUAGAGUGCCAGCUGGACAUGUUUUGGCGUCGUUGGGUCUGGGAAUAUCUACCCACUUUGACUCGUCGCACAAAGUGGUUCAACGAAGUUCAGGAGAUCGGCGUGGGGAACUUGGUUGUAAUUGUGAACGAAGCUAAGAGAAAUGGGUGGGUGCGAGGUAGGGUUCUGGAAGUAUUCCCCGGGGUGGACGGGAGAGUUCGCCAUGCAGUAGUGCAAACAAAUAGAGGGUUGUCAAGGCAAUCGGUCAGUAGACUGGCAGUGUUGGAUGUUGAGCUUAUGGGUGACACGGAUCCAAAGGCAGUCAUCGGCCAGCGUCACGAGGGGGAGGAUGUUGACAUCGGCAACACUGCAAGCGUCGCUUUCGACGCGCCGCUUUCGACGCGCCGCUGUGAAAUGCAGUUCAGUGGCGAGCGGAUCAACUGA